CGCGCCCCGAAUGUGACGGGCGGCCCCAGCUGCCACCGCAAUGGAGGAGAGGGUGCCCUCGGUGGAAGCCUACGAAGCAGCCAUGGUGCUGAGCGGGGUGGGGGACGCGCUCGGCUACCGGGGGGGCCGCUGGGAGUACUGCACCUCGGGCCCCCAGAUCCACGCCGAGCUGGCCGAACUGGGGGGGCUGGAAGCCAUCAGUCUCGAGCCCCCUGAGUGGCCCGUCAGCGAUGACACCAUCCUCCACCUUGCCACCGCUGAGGCUCUGGCUACAGGCGCAGAGGGGGAACCCCUCCUGCAGGAGCUGGCUCGGCGCUACGUGGCCGCCAUGGGUGACAUGGAGGGUCGCAAGCCGGGGCCCACCAGCAUCCUGGGCACCUCGCAGCUGCGGCCUGGGGAGCCCGAGGGCUACCGCAUCCCCUUCAACCCCACGGGCACGGGCUGUGGGGCCGCCAUGCGCAGCCUGGCCAUUGGCCUCAGGUACCCACACGCCUGGGAGCUGCCGACGCUGAUCCGGGUGAGCAUCGAGAGUGGGCGCAUGACCCACCACCACCCCACGGGGUACCUCGGGGCGCUGGCGGUGGCCCUCUUUGGGGCGCUGGGGGCUCGGGGGGAGCCCCCAGAGCGCUGGGGGGCUGAGCUGCUGAGGGUCCUGCCCCUCGCGUGGGACUACGUGGAGGGCACCGGGGUGGCCGUGGAGGCCAAUGCUGCCGCCUGGCCCUUCUUCGGGAGUGCCUGGCACCGGUACCUGGAAUCCCGGGGUCUUCUGGAGGGUCAUGGCCCACCGCAGGUGCCACCCCUUCCGUCACCGGCCGAGCGGGACGCGGCGUACCUGGGCUGGGCGCUGGAGGGGUGGGCAGGCCGCAGUGGCCACGACGCUCCCAUGGUGGCCCUGGAGGCUCUGCUGGCAGCCGGAGGGUGCUGGGGGGACCUGUGUGCCCGCGGGGUGCUGCAUGGCGGCGACAACGAUUCGACGGGGACCAUUGCUGCCGGGUGCUGGGGGCUGCGGGGGGGGCUGGUGCCCGUCCCCCCCGGGCUGCACCGCUCUCUUGAGCACCGUGAGCGGCUGCGCGACGUCGCCCAUCGCCUCCAUGCGCUGGCCUGGGGGAGACGCUGAGCUCCCGCUGUGUCACACACACCCCACCCCCACCGUGGGAAGCCUUUGUGGGUCCCCGGGAUGCAGCAGAGACCUUCAUGGAGUCCUGGAAGGGCUUGGGAGGGUCUAUGGGGAUCAGCUGGGACCUUCACUGGGUCCUGGGGUGCUUCAGGAGGGACCAUGGGAGACCAUGGGGGGAAGCAAGUCCAUCACAGGGUGCUUAGGGGCUCAGGCAAGCCCCAGAGACACCACCACAGCCACAUCCAGGUGGCCUUUUAUCCCUCCUCAGUCAGAGACCCCAGAAACUCCCUGAGGAGCCUCGGUCACCCCCGUAGUAAAAGAGCAUCCUCCCAGG